AUGGCAGAACGGAACCAUGGAUCUGCAUGUGCACCCCUAUGUGUUCCUAACCUCGGUGCUGAACUGCAUAUUCGGGCUGGGAUGGUACUGGAGCUGAUUUACAUUGUCGUUUUCAAUUAUUACACCACUCAUAACAACAGAGCUAUCAUGGCUAAAUUGGCUAUUCUAGAGUGCAUCAUUGUUUGUAUUGUUGCUGCAAUUAUAUUCCACAUCAUUCCCUCACACGCCACUCGCACCAUGGUCAUGGGAAUCAUGAAUACCGUGAGUACAGUCAUCAUGUACGCCUCUCCGAUGUCCAUCUUGAAAAGAGUUGUAGUGUUUAAAGAUGCUAAGAUCAUGCCAAUUUGGACCUGCCUUGCUGGUUUAUGUAACUCAAUCAUUUGGUUCAUCUAUGCCUUACUCCAACCUUUAGACCUUUAUAUCGCUAUUCCAAAUGGACUUGGAGUAGCUUUUGGUAUCGUUCAGCUGGGUGUGUAUGCUUAUUACAAAAUAUGGGCUCAGAAUGCGAAUGAGGAUCAGAAAGAGAAUAAGGAUCAGAAAGAGAAUGAGGAUCAGAAUGCGAAUGAGGAUCAGAAUGAGAAUGACGCUCAGAAUGCGAAUGUGGUUCAGAAUGCGAAUGACGCUCAGAAUGCGAAUGUGGCUCAGAAUGCGAAUGACGCUCAGAAUGCGAAUGAGGAUCAGAAUGCUAAUGACGCUCAGAAUGCGAAUGUGGCUCAGAAUGCGAAUGAAGUCUGA